AUGGCGGCCAUAAACACAGUAAGCAUCUCUCCCCUUUCCGACGAAGAGAUACCCAUCUCGUUCCAAGUUCUGUCCAAGUCAUUCGGCCACGACGCGCCAUUCGUAGACAUAUACUUCCCGAACCACGACACGCCCUCCGGCCAGGCGCAGGGCUCCAAGCGUCUGACGGAGUGGAAGCAUAGCUCCGAGGCUUCCACGUUCUUAAAAGCAACUAUUGCUACUACCGCAUGUGACGAAGGGAGCCAACAGACCAUCAUCGGCCUUGCGGUCUGGACGCUCAUGAAAGAAGCCCCGCCGGCAGAGCUUGCCAAGGUAGAGAAUGUUGAGGAGGUUUGGCCAGACGAAGCUGAUCGUGAGUUUAUGACGCGCUUGUGGAGAGAUUACGUUGUUCCGCGAUCGAAGGCGAUCGAGGACUCUGGUGGAAAAGGAGUGUAUGUACUUGAACUGUUGACAGUCCAUCCGGAUUACCAGCGCUUAGGUGCGGGCACGGCUCUGGUCAAAUGGGGGACCAAAGCUGCUAUUGAGCAGGAGCUUCAAGUUGUUGUCGAGGGUACCCCGGUAGCCCGACGACUUUAUGAGAAUUGUGGCCUUCGCACAAAGAUCGAAGAAAUGCGCUUUGACGUUGGAGAAGAAUUUGCUGGGAGAAGGAAACCAAAGCUGAUAUUCAUGACGAGGGGGCCUUUUCACUUUGUUCUAGCCUAGGUAGCUCUAUAUCCCCACGAUGUUGUGAUGUAGCGAUUUCCCACUGCACUGGCGGCUUUCUAAUGCGCAUCAAGGUUUCAUCAGCAAU